AUGAUACUAAACUUUUUUGAUCAAUUCUUAAGCCCCACAUUAAUAGGAAUCCCCUUAAUCCUUGUCUCCUUAACAAUUCCAUGAGCACUGUACCCUCAGCCUACCGCCCGAUGGCUUAACAACCGCCUUCUGACCCUUCAGGGAUGAUUCAUUAAUCGAUUCACCCAGCAAAUCUUCCUUCCAUUAAGCCCCUCAGGACAUAAAUGAGCACUAAUGCUGGCCUCCCUAAUGCUUUUUCUCAUCACUCUAAACAUGCUAGGCCUGCUCCCAUACACUUUUACACCAACAACACAAUUAUCCCUCAACAUGGCACUCGCCGUCCCCUUAUGACUUGCAACUGUUAUUAUCGGGAUACGAAAUCAGCCCACCCACGCCCUUGGCCACCUUCUUCCAGAAGGCACCCCCACCCCACUUAUUCCCAUUCUUAUUAUCAUCGAGACAAUUAGCCUGUUCAUUCGACCCCUGGCCCUAGGAGUCCGACUUACCGCCAACCUGACAGCCGGUCAUCUACUAAUUCAACUUAUUGCCACAGCAGCAUUUGUUUUACUCCCCCUUAUGCCCACCGUAGCCCUACUCACAACAGCCCUUCUGUUCCUACUGACCCUCUUAGAAGUCGCCGUUGCUAUAAUCCAGGCCUAUGUUUUCGUCCUUCUCCUAAGCCUCUAUCUACAAGAAAACGUUUA